AUCGGAUACGUAAGCGGAAAUUAGGUAAAUUCCUUGGUUGGCACGAAGGCUUGGUUUUCUCUCAUCGCACAGAUCAGAAUUCGGUGGGUUUUAGGCAAAGUCGGUUUUACAUAACAGAAACUCUGGAUUCCACCUCUUCCCGUCCUUGGCGACGGUGGUUAUGCCGCUUGGCUUUCAGGUUGUGCCGGGCUUGGAUCUAAAGAGCUUUGAUAUAUUUCUGAAGACAUGGAGCAGAUGCGCUUCUGGUCAAAUUGCCACCAGUACCGGGUCUUUUCUUUCCAGGAAGUGCUUGACUGGAGAUUUCUUGUCCUUGGAGAUUUUCUUCUGGUUUCCUUUGUUAAUUGCACUUAGUGGUCAGUUUCUCUUAAAUGAUCAAUACGGGAGACGUGAUGCUAGUUACUUCUGAGUCAGGUGUUGGAUCUUUAGUGCAUAGCGCAUUGCUGAUACAACAUCGAGUUGAAAUUUCCGUGAAAACUUCUUCAGGGGGCUAAAGUCUAGCAAUCUGUGACUGAAGAUCUCUACAUAGUUAAUAUUAGAUAAUCAGUUACGUCAACCCAAACCAGUGCAGACUGUUUAUUUCAUAGUUAUUAUUUCAACGUUGCUCCUGAUGGUUUCUAUGAAAAGUGGCAAGAUAUUGGUUAACUAAAGAUUCCACACUGAUUUCUACUUAGUUUAGAUGAGAUAGAAGUUUUUGUUUAUUGAGCCUUGGGUGACACUAUCUUGAGCUUGGAGUCUUUCUUCUGCGGGAUAAAUCAUUCUGGUUGGUUUUUCAAUUGGUGUCGAUAUGUCCUGUGAUGCUUGCCCUUUUUUGCCAUCUAUGUCAUGCUCUAGUCCGCAAGCUGUGGAGUUAGUAAUGAAUAAGGCUGUGCAGCCCAUCCAUCAUAAGAAUUCUGGUUUUGUGCUUGUGCGUGUUGCCUCACAAAAUUAAUGGUUUGAUUCUGCUGGACGAGCAAGGCAGUUGUUUAUAUCCUACAGUGUAUUUUAAGGAUCAUCUUCUGAAGAUAAAUUCCCAUUUAUCUUUUACGAGUCUUUAUGCUUUCACUGAAUAAAGAAAGAGCUGCUUUGUGUUCCACAGGAAGAAUGGAGAGGUACAAGUUAAUAAAGGAAGUUGGAGAUGGCACAUUUGGGAGUGUCUGGCGUGCUAUUAAUAAGCAGACUGGUGAAGUUGUUGCAAUUAAAAAAAUGAAGAAAAGAUAUUAUUCAUGGGAGGAGUGUGUAAGUCUACGAGAGGUUAAGUCAUUGCGUAGAAUGAAUCAUCUGAAUAUUGUGAAGCUCAAGGAAGUCAUCAGAGAAAGUGACAUCUUGUACUUUGUGUUUGAAUACAUGGAGUACAACUUGUACCAACUUAUAAAAGAUAAGGAAAAGCUUUUCCCUGAAGCUGACAUCAGAAAUUGGUGUUUUCAAGUUUUUCAAGGCCUUGCUUACAUGCACCAGCGUGGAUAUUUCCAUCGUGACCUUAAGCCAGAGAACUUGUUGGUUACCAAAGAUGUCAUCAAAAUUGCUGAUUUUGGUCUUGCUCGGGAAAUCGAUUCGCAACCUCCAUAUACGGAAUACGUGUCAACACGGUGGUAUCGAGCACCUGAAGUCCUGCUCCAGUCAUACCUGUAUAGCUCAAAAGUCGAUAUGUGGGCAAUGGGUGCUAUCAUGGCUGAGUUGUUUACUCUCCGCCCUCUAUUUCCAGGUGUUAGCGAAGCAGAUGAGAUAUACAAAAUAUGCAGUGUGAUUGGUAGCCCAACCAAGGAUUCAUGGGCUGAUGGGCUUCAUCUUGCAAGGGAUAUCAACUACCAAUUUCCUCAGUUCGCGGGUGUUCAUCUUUCUACGCUGAUUCCAUCAGCAAGUGAUAGUGCAAUCAGCCUUAUGACAUCACUUUGUUCUUGGGACCCGUCCAAGAGGCCAACAGCUGCAGAGGCCCUCCAGCAUCCUUUCUUCCAGAGUUGCUAUUAUGUUCCGCCAUCCCUCCGCUCCAGAUCAACUGUUGCUAGGACACCUCCAUUUGCUGGAGCAAGGGGAGCAUCGGAGCAGCAAUGUGCUAGAAAAUUAUCUGGGACUUUAUCUAAUUCAAAGACUUCUAGCAACUUUCCCUCCCCAAAGCUGCAUGCUUCUAUGGGCACAGGUGUGCAGCGAAAACUGGAUAUGGUUAAUCAGGAUGCGAAAAAGAAUGAUAAAUACUUGAAGAGCUCUGCUAAGCAACAAAAAUAUCGACCCCCUGGUAAAAGCAGUCCUACGUCUGUGAACAAGGGAAGGAUUUCACGUGGAGUUUCAGAUACAUCUGAGAAGCUGGCAAACAUGACAAUUGGUUAUCGCAAGCAGACUGUGGGGCAGCAGAUGCGCCCCCCUCCCAUGAAGGCUGGAGUCCAGUGGAUUGGCGAAUCCGGAAACUUGUAUCUCAGGCCUGUUCAAGAGAUUCAACCUGGCAGAACCUAUUCGAGGAAAAUUGCGGGUUGAUUGAAGAGCGACUUCUUUAAGAGGUCGUCAUAUAUAUAAUCUUUCAUUUGUGUGAUAUCAUCACUUGCAGCAGUUGUGGAUUUCUCUGUCUUUCUUAGUUCUGAACCUAUGUACUUUCCCCUGUGGCAUUUGGUUUGCUUAUUGGUGUGUCAAUAUGACCUAAUGGCAUCUUCUGCCUGGUCUAUUAUUAAUGUUAUCC